UAAGUGAUUCUCAUUUUACUGAGGUCCAACAAGAGUAUAGUGGUGAGAGCAUAUUUGUGUGAUCCUAAUUUUUCUUUUGCUUUCGUGUAUUUCUAUACAUGGACACAAAGGUGCUAUCCACCGGAGUUCGCUACUCAAACCUGCCGGAAAGCUAUGUCCGGCCAGAAUCAGAGCGACCCCGGCUAUCGGAAGUAUCUAGCUGCGAGGAUGUUCCAAUCGUCGACUUGGGUUGUGAGGAUAGAGCCCAAAUUGUCAAACAAAUUGGCGAUGCCUGCAAGUCGUAUGGAUUUUUCCAGGUGAUCAAUCAUGGCGUGUCUGCGGAGUUGGUGGAGAAAAUGUUAGAGGUGGCAAAUGACUUCUUUAGUCUGCCGGUGGAGGAGAAGCUCAAGUUGUACUCCGAUGACCCCUCAAAGACAAUCAGACUUUCCACCAGUUUUAAUGUGAAGAAGGAGAAGGUUCACAAUUGGAGAGACUACCUUCGACUCCAUUGUCAUCCUUUGGACAAGUAUGUGCCUGAGUGGCCUACCACUCCUCCUUCCUUCAAGGAAGUUGUGAGUAAUUACUGCAUGGAAGUUCGACAACUUGGGUUCACAUUACUAGAGCUCAUUGCAGAGAGCUUAGGGGUGGAAAGGGAUUGCAUAAAGAAUAUAUUGGGAGACCAAGGACAGCAUAUGGCUGUGAACUAUUACCCACCUUGUCCAGAACCAGAACUCACCUAUGGAUUGCCUGCACAUACUGACCCAAAUGCCCUCACAAUUCUUCUUCAAGACCUUCAAGUUGCAGGCCUUCAGGUCCUCAAAGAGGGCAAGUGGCUUGCUGUUAAUCCUCACCCAAAUGCUUUUGUCAUUAACCUGGGCGAUCAGCUGCAGGCAGUGAGUAAUGGGAUGUAUAAGAGUGUUUGGCACCGAGCUAUAGUCAAUUCUGACAAGCCAAGGAUGUCAAUAGCUUCAUUCCUCUGCCCGUCCGAUGACACAUUAAUCUGCGCCCCGAAUUCACUGACAGAUGAUGGAUCUGCAGCUGCAUACAGGGGAUUCACAUAUGCAGAGUAUUACAAGAAGUUUUGGAGUAGGGACUUGGAAAAAGAACAUUGUUUGGAACUUUUCAAGAAAAACUCCCUUAGUGCGUAGUUCUCAAUCAUUUUUUUUUUUUUUUUCCUAUUAUUAUGGCAUUGUUCUUGUCGCAAAUGAAGUGCAAGCAGAGGGCCACUGCAAUCUUUUCUUAAGAAAAGCUCAAUGUUAGAUGGCUGAAAUGCUCCCACACUGCCAUCAAUUCAUUUCUUAAAUAAAUUGAUGGCAGUGUGGUGCAUUUCAGUUUAUUUAAGAAGUAAGUUGAUGGCAGUGUUUGCGCAUUUAAGCCAUGCUGCCAUUGAGCUUUUCUUAACAAAAUGAUGGCAGUGGCCCUCUGCAAUUGAUCAUUUGCUACAAGAAAAGCUUUAUAGUAGAAUGGCUAAAAUCCAGUUAAACAAUGUCUGUUCUCCUUGAUUUAGUAGGUAGAAGUUUCUAAUUUGUUACCCAUAAGUUGAACCUUUAAUUAUCUUUUGCUGGUUGUUUGAUUCUCCCUUAGUCCAUGCAGUAGAAUGUGGUUGUACUAUGUGAAGUUGGACUUUUCUUCGUUAUUGUAAUAUAUAUGUCAGGUUCUUGGUGUAUUUCAAUAUAAAUAAACAAUUACUUUCAUAA